CCCCCCCCCCCCCCCCCCCCCUCUCUCUCUAUUCCUCUCUCUGUUGUUGUUCACAUUCCCUGUGGUUCUACAGUGUAUUGAUACAUUUACAGUCGCCGUUGAUCGCUCAUUGGAAUCAUCCCAUCAUCGAUUAACUAAGGCAGGGGUUGCUGGUUCCAUAUAUGUAUGGGAGAUUUGGCCUAUGAUUUAUAAAGAAUCUCUACAUGAAGCCUAAUAAUACAAACUUAGGCAUUUUUGGUUACUUGAGCCUGUUUUUGGAACAAUGACACCACAUCAUUUUUGUCCACCUCCUUUAUCUAAAAAUGAAAAUGAAUCGGCAAAGCACAUGGAUUGAGAGAACAAGUUGCAGGGACUUUUAUGGUCUAUCUGGAUGACUGAUGAACAGAUCUUAUUUUGAUUUCUGCUGUUCCCUACAAAAGAUUAUUAGAUUGACCUCUUCAGUUGCAAUAUCCAAUUCAGCAUUGAAUUGGACAAGAAACAAGCGAAUAUAGGACUCAUUGUUGCAGGACCCUUAAUUUCCUUGCCUUGAGAGUGGAAUUUACAUGUACAUCAUUAUGCUCCAACAAACUGACACCGACAUCACUCUGAAUUAAUUCUAAGAUUGCCAAUAACCCUUCAUGAACAUUACCAGUCAUAUUUUGGUGUUCUGGGGGCUUUUUUGGUGUGAGACGCUGGCAUAUUUUGUGUCUUCAUGAUGGUGCAUGUCAGACAUAUGGGAACAGGAAUGCUAAUAAAUUAAAAGUUCUUCGUCUGGCUUUUGAAAAUUAUUUUGGCCAAUUUCCUUAGUGGUAAUGGGUAGCAUGGAAUUGGAGUACUAGGUUGGGUUGCAAUUCUGGUUGUGCUGAUCAAAUCUACAUGGUAUGGUACGUGAUGGAAGAGUUCAGCGUUGCCCUGGUCAUUCUUUACAUUCAUCCGGGAGAUUCAUAUGUAAAUAAUUGCACAUUAUGUAUUUAAUAAAGUCCUCUCUAUCCCAUCCUGGUCCAGUACGGAAUGAACUUGUAAUCAUGGAAUCUACUAGCGCCAGUUCCUUUUCCUUGGGUUCAGUUACACACUGGUUGUUUAUCAUUGUAGUUAACUCCGUUGAGGUACUGAUGCUUAAUCUGGAAGGUUAUUGAUUAUGAUCUUACUCAAAUGUUGGCUGGGAUUCAGCUUUUGAGUAAGAGAACGCUCAAUAAAGUGGGCAGCGUAAGUUUAAGUGCAUGGUCUGAUGGCUAUUUGCUAUUACUAUGUUCAGGGUAUGGACUUAUUUAUAGCACAUCAACAUCAUCAAUUUAAUAGUUAGAUGGGGAAGCACAGCCGAUAUGCUGCACCAGAAUGAAUGCUGCUUAUUCCUGCCUCGCAUGUUACUGCAGCCUGAUAAUAGAUGACAAAUGUUGUAACUUGUACUAGUAAAUGCUCAAUGACUGAUAGGAAAUUAGUGGUGCACUGAUUCAUGGACAAGCUUCUGUUCUUGAUAAGAUGAAAUUUUGAUGCAUGAUGCCUUUAUAAGCCUGAAAUUUAUUUGUGUUUCCCUGGCUGCAUGGCUGGAAAUGCAAGCACUAUGAUUUUGUUGAUGAAGUUCUGUCCAAUGAACUGAAUGACUCUAUCUCCCAUUAAUAGUUCUGGAAUUUUCCUUGUUUUGGUCGAAACAGAUGCCAUCACUGAGGUUCCAGGCUGCUGAGUAAAUUGGUUACCACAGAUCAGCCAGCUAUGGGGCAUAGACACAUGUUUAACACACCUCUGAUUCAUGAGACUGAUGCUGAUGAGGGAUGGAAUCAUGCAGAGCAACCUUACUUGCCUAUGGCAAGGUCUGGUGUUUCUGGAAGCAGUUCUCUUGUUCAUCCUGUGGAGAAUACGACCAUUCAAGGUGGACCCUCGACUUCCCUGUGGAACCCUCCUCCUAGGUCGAGUGGAUACUCUUCAUCCACUCUUAAUGCUCAAUUGCCACAUUAUCAACCACAGGCUCCUACUCCAUCUCAUGAUCCUUUUCCGCAUCAACCUCCUGGUGGGAAUUUCCAUAUGGUCCCAGAUGCUUACUCCCAUCACCCAUCUUCGUCCAGCCUCAGUGGGCAAACAGUCCCUGGAGUAGAUUGCAGUUUUUAUAAUCAAACAAUGGGCAGUGGCAGGGGACCAUACAAGCGCAAAAGCCCUGGAAUCACUCUGCCAUAUGAUAGGGGAAUUACAUGCAGAUAUUAUGAUGCUGGAAGUUCGUCGAAUCAGUACUUACCUGCUGAUGGGUUGCAGGAAAAGCGGAGUACAGAAUCUCAUCAUAUGCCUUGGGAGUAUCCACCUGGUUACAGAGUUAAUAGCCUCUCUAUUGGUGGUGAAGGUAUGCUGAGAAAUGUGAGAAGUAGAGCUGGAAUUCACAUGGAACCCAAUCUGGCUAGGACUCGUUUGCCAAGCAAUUAUUUGUAUUGUUCUUUUUCUAGCCGAUCCACUGAUCAAUCUAAUUUGGUGGAUUUCCGGGGGCAGGGAUCAAAUCCCCCAAGAAGGGAAUGGGAUCCUUCUCUUGUAGCUGGUCACGUGGUGAAUUGUGACACAGAGAGUGGGGUUUACAGCAAUAAUGCUAUCUCAAAUGGGAAUCCUGUUCCUCAAAAUGCUAACAACCACCAAUCUGUCAGAGGGGUUAGAAGUGGUUAUUGCCAAACAUCUGUUCCAUCUUUCGGGUCUUCGUCAAGCAACUUUCACACAGGACAGGUAGGUGCCUCUGAUGAAGGGCUGCAAAUGACUGCAGAAAGUUACCUUUCUAGACAUCCACGGGUCUUUUCUACCACAAGAUUGCGUAAUGGUGAAAGGAUUGGGAGAACUGCGAUAUUAAGGGACAGAUAUCGGUCAAUUACUGAGCAGGCGAGCCUUCGUGAUCGAUUGACAUCAGAGGGCCUCAUGGUUGCAGACCGUCCUACAUUUUAUGAAUCCAGAACUCUUUUUGAUCACCACAGGGAGAUGAGACUUGACGUAGACAAUAUGAGCUAUGAGGAGCUCCUUGUACUGGGAGAGAGGAUUGGAAGUGUCAGCACCGGCUUAUCUGAUGGUUUAAUUUCAAAAUGCUUGACUGAGUCGAUAUACUGUUCAUCGGACCAAUCUCAAGAUGAUGGAAAAUGUGUUAUUUGUCUGGAGGAAUACAAGAACAUGGACGAUGUUGGGACUCUGAAAUGUCGCCAUGAUUUUCAUGUGGGCUGUAUCCGAAAAUGGUUAUCAAUGAAGAAUUUGUGUCCAAUCUGCAAGGCGUCGGCCAUGGAUGAUGGUGUCAAGGAGAAAUCUUCUGCUUAAGUUUUCCUAUAAUUUACCUGGACCUUUUUUGUAAAAUAUGUUGGAAAAAUCCUCAUAAUGGAUGACUGAGUUUUGAAACAAGAUACUCUAUUAAUGUAUUUUAUUUUUUGGAUCAUGCAA